AUAAAUCAAUACUUUUAUAAAUAAAGGAGAAAUUGUGGAUGUUUAUUUUCAUCUAAAAUUUGACCGUUGGAAGACGCGGUAAUUCAGAAGCGGUAAUAGUAGUUUAGUGCCGCCAUGUUGGAUCGACACUCAAGCUCGGCGUACGUUAGAAUGCGCUCAGGAUUGGAGUAAAUUUAAUUUAAUUAGGAUUACCUCUAUUUUUGCUGCAGUGUAUUAUUUUGACACCAGUUUAACAGCAGAUUAGUGGGAUAAAAAUGUGAAUAUGAUGAUUGUAAAGGAGAUAGUUUUAUUGGAGUGAUAAGUAAUUGCGUCUCUAGCCUAACGGUCGGUUUGAGGUUAUAAACGCUAACGAUCAUUGUGCCUGGAAAAGGCGGUUGUUCAACGUUCCUACGAGGUAAAAUGAACUUUUCCGAUGAUCAUGGAGUCCAGGGAUCGCUCCCUCAAUUUUCCGAGCUGACAUCCAGGUCAGGUUCGGUAUCCAACGCGGGAUUUACCAGUAGCGGCGCCCUGCAGGUGCAUAGUGCACAGGGUGCUAUUUAUACUACCGCGGUGGGAUCCAAUCAACAGAAACAACAAAUUUUGGUGAAUCCUCAAAACAAAUAUCCUGGAACGAUACUAGCAUGGCCCGAUCCCAGUACUUUGAUGCAACUGUGUGGGAAGGAGGGUAUACAAGCCAUCAACAUUCCAAAUUAUAGUCAAAAUAAUGCCACGAUACUCAGCGUUCAGCCAAAUAGUUUACCUGUAAGAAUCAUACCUAAUGUGUAUUUACCAGCAACAUCGCAAUCUGAUGUUAAAGAAGAUAUGGAAAUCAGGAAUGAUUCCGAUAGUGGGCCUGCUACGACAGGAUCUCAUAUAAAUCUGCAGCAGCAGGGUGUAGCAAUGGCUGAAUAUUUACAAAAGUUGCAAGCAACUACACUUCCCUUAACGUUGCAGCAAUUAAUUAAGUUACAGACUGAACAGGUCAAAAAAGAAAAAUUAGAGGAAGAGCAAAAGUUGGAACAGUCACAGAAUAUACUUAAUAUUCCUAGUGUUCCAGUGUUUAGAAAUGUUCAAAUGCAAAAUGGGAAUCAUUUUAUGAAUUCUGAUCAGAUGAUGAUUGCAAUCAAUCCUAAUGAGUUGAAUGCUCAGAUUGAUAAUCAGCAAGAAUCUGACGCCAGUGUACAAACAAUUAAAGUAGAGCAACAAAUACAAACAGACUCACCGAAGACAGAGAAGAAGAUGAAAUUUAGAGCGAAAACUGGUGAAAUUAAAAUUACCGUUGCCUUAGAUGGUUCUACAUUGUAUUGCUGUCCUGAAUGUAAUCUUGCUUUUGCCGAUAAAGGGGACAUCGAGCAGCACAUUCAAGGUCACAUACAGGAAAGGAAAUAUCAAUGUAAAGAAUGUGGAGCUAUGUUGAAAAGAAAAGAGCAUUUGGAUCAACAUAUGCGUGGUCAUUCCGAUGAACGGCCAUUCAAGUGCCCCGUUUGUCAGAAAGCAUUUAAACGUAAUGAGCAUCUUACUAGGCAUUACGUUAUACAUUCUGGAGACAAAAAUUUCUCAUGUUCGGUAUGUCAAAAGGCGUUUUCAAGAAAAGAUCAUCUAAAUAAGCACACGCAAACUCAUCUUGGUAUUAGGAGGACCAAAGCAAAGAAAGAUGCACUCUUUGCUGAUAAUAAAGAGGCUUUUGAGAAAUUAUCGGAGAUGGCGGUAAUACCUAAACAAGAAAUGAAUUUCGUUUUAAAAGAUGGCAGCUUCGUGAAGCAAGAUUCAAACAUUCUUCAGCACAUUCAAAGUCUACAGAAGGAUCCAAACUUGAUACACACCUUUUCAGCGUUUAAGGAACAAGCGAUGAAAGAAGGAGCGAUAAUUCAGCAGCAAGCUGUUAAUAUGAAUGAAAUCUUACCGCAAAAUGCGCGGUAUCUUAUGCCGUCUUAGCUUUAGGUUAAACGUAUAAAUUCCCAAAGCAAUAAGACGGUAGCGAGCAAAAUUAUGUAGUUAAUUCGGCAGGUUUUGAUGGCUCUUUUAAGGGGUUGAAUAUGUUGUGAGACAUACACUUAAGAAUCUUCCAAAAUUUUAGAAAUAUUUAAGCACACUCUUUUUGCUCGCUGUUACCAGAAUCAAAGCUGAGCUCAUGUUCAAUUGCCAGCACACGGCGCGUGUGAAACUAAUAAGAUUUUCUUACUUAGCUUUAAGAAUGAUCACGAGUGGGCGGUACAUAUUGCCUUACGACUAGAGUUUCGAUUAACAAGAUCUCGAAAUUUUAUGCAAGAAACGACUGUACCUUUGGCUGUGAUCAGGUACGCGUUCAUUGCUCCAUUGAUCGUCAAAUGGUAAUUUUCCUUGUGCCACGAAAUAAUUAUGAUCCUUUUGGUACUAAAAGGUCAGGAUAGCCUUGAUCGUGUAACAACGGCGAACAAUAAGAUUACUUUAAGUACUACGGACUGUCCACGCAUCACAGAAUAUAUUAGACUAUCGUUAGACUAGUUUUAAAGAAUUAAUAGUUUUUGAAUGAAUCUAGUCUACAGUCACAAUAUUAAUAUUAAUAUUGUAAAUUGAAUGUAAAGCCAGUAAUACUUUGAUCUGCUCGCGAAUGGUAACACGUUAAAUACGAUUUCCUUUGUAAAAAUCUAUUAAUGUAAACGCGUAGUCGACGAUAUAUGACACCUUGAGAUUUCUUUAAUACACGACGUUGACUACAGCUGUUUGGUGACUCAACGAGAUUGACUAAACUUAGAUUUUAUUUAAGGAUAUUAGAUUCGCAAUGUUUAAAAUACUUGUAGAAUUAUUAUCAUGGGAAGAAACAUUUUACGUAAGAUUUUUUUAAUUUAGUAAGAGCAGUACUUUUUACUCAUUUCUGCACUCUGUGAUUGUUUAGGAGAGUGCGAAUGCUGUGCGAUAACUGGUGUGUCGAGAGUACUUAUGCCAAUGACUCAUCGAACUUCCAGUACUAAUUUUUAAUAGAAACUCGAAAGACAAGAUCUGUCAUGAGUUUUGUGAACUAGUUGCUCAGAUCUGCCAUAUGAAUGUUGUAAGUAUGCUGUCAGCAUACGAGAAGACCUGAUCCGUCAGACAUAUUUGUAAAUAGAUAUACCUAAUCUCUCUCGAUUUCUUUCUUUAAGUCGCACUAUGUCAUGCGUGCUGGCGCACUAUUCAAUUGAUACUUAAGCAAUUUUAUGAAUGGUGCGUGCCAAUUCCAGGUGUGUAGGGAGUAUCUAUAUGCAGUUUUUGUACCUCGUAAAUAACUCGCGGUGCCAACAUUAAAGGGACACUUCAGUGAAACUUUGGAAAA